CUAGGUCAGUCGGCUGUCGGCGUGCAUGACGGCAUCGUCCAUCUACCUGCAUGCUGUACUGUACCUGAAGAUGAGUGAAGUCUGAGGAGAGAAGAUCCAAGAGGAGACACCACACCACCAUAGCCUGCCUCAGUGCCCCGUAUCGUGAUCGUACUCUCUGUACGUGCCUAGGCGCGGCCAUGGCCAUGGGCCAGCGAGCCAGAGAAAGAGGCAGAGGGGGCUAGGGCCGGAAAAGAUGCAUGAUGCAGCACAUCAUGCAUGUACGCCUGCAUGUUCACGGCAGUAAAGCGAGGCAAAGGUUUUGCGAGGCAGAAAAGACCCCUGUCCCCCUGCGACGAUCCGUCCAGCUCCGGCCGUCCAUCCAUCCAUCGCCACCCCCGGCCGGCCGAUCCCUUUGGCUUUAAUGCAGCCUUUCUGUCCCUUAAAAAGCUACCAAGACCCGCUCCCGCCUUCGCCUCCCCCCUUCUCACCUCUCCUUGCUCCUUGCUCCUUGCUCCUUGCUCCUUGCUUUGCUUCAUUGCUUGGUCAGCUAGCUAGCUCCUCAUGGCGGCGUCCCGGUCGCCCAGGGUCGUGAGGGAGGCGGCGGCCGCGAGUUGCGUGGACGCCAACACCACGUUCGUGCAGGCCGACCCGGCCACGUUCCGCGCGCUCGUGCAGAAGCUCACGGGCGCGCCAGCGGAGAAGAAACCGCCGAAGCAGGAGGAGGAGGAGGCGGUGACCGUGGUCGCGCAGCAGCACGCGCCGCCGCCGAGGCGGCCGAAGCUGCAGGAGAGGCGGCGCGCGGCGCCGGCCAGGCUGGAGCUGCAGGCGCGGCCGCAGGCGGCGUCGUUCUACUACUACCACCACCACCACCACGGCCACCACGGGCUCAUGCAGCACUCGCCGGUGUCGCCCAUGGACGCCUACGUGCUGGCCUCCUCGUCGCCGUCGCCGCUGUCGUCGUCCUCGUCGAUGACGCCGUCGCCGCACUCGUCGUCGCCGUCAUGCGGCGGGGUGGUGGUGAUAAGCAAGGAGGAGGAGGAGCGGGAGGAGAAGGCCAUCGCCUCCAAGGGCUUCUACCUCCACGCCUCGCCGAGGAGCGCCGCCGGCGGCGACGGCGCCGAGCGGCCCAAGCUGCUGCCGCUGUUCCCCGUCCACUCCCCCCGGAGCGCCUACUACGCCUCCUAAUAAUCAGUCUCUUGUCACGUGUGCGUGUCGCCGGAUCAAGGAAUUCCGGCGAUGCUAGCUCUGUUCAUCAAUCUCUCUCUGUAGUCUGUGCCGCCUGUUUCCAUUAGAAUUUAGAUGAUCCAUGAAUGCAACUCUUGCUAGCCGAUCGAUCUUAUAUUAACUAGGUUUACUAGCUUCUAAUCCUCUCUCUCCUCUAUAUAUCCCAACCUAUUUAACCAUGCGAUCUCAUGAGCAGCAGUGAUCUGAUCUCUUGUGACUUGUGAGCAGCAGUCAACUUCUUGUUCUGUAACCCUAUCGGAGCAGUACGGCUGCUUGCUUGAAAAAGGCGCAUGUGCUUUGCAAAGCAAAGUUCAUUGAAGUUUCUAACGCA